GGCCGGUCCGCCGUUCACAGUAUCAGUCGCCAAAGACCCAAUCUGCAAACAUGAAGUUCUUCGUCGUUGCUGCCCUGGUGGCCGUGGCUGCCGCCGCCCCCUCCACUCCCUACAGCCCCCGGCCGGCCUACCACCCGGCCCCGGCCUACCACCAGCCGUCCUACAAGGAGCCCGCUCAGCCGUACCAGUUCGACUACGCCGUCAACGACCACUACUCGGGCGCCGUCUUCUCGCAGAACGAGAACAGCGACGCCAAGAACGUCAACGGCUACUACUCGGUCAACCUGCCCGACGGCCGUGUGCAGACGGUCAAGUACGUGGCUGACCAGCAGGGCUACGGAGGCUACAACGCCGAGGUGACCUACGAGGGCGAGGCCCGCUACGACGAGUACAAGCCCAGCUACAAGCCCAGCUACAAGCCCGCUUCGUACGCCGCUCCGUCUUACCAGCCCGCCUACAAGCCCGCCUACAAGCCCGCCUACCAGCCCGCCUACAAGCCGGCUUACAACUAAUUUAUUGUAAAUGAACGAAGCUUUUUCCUAUUUAUGUAUCAUACAAAUGGCGUUAUUUGAGUGUCGUCCAUUUGUGAAUGUUUGUGAGUACAAAAAUACACAUUUCAAUGUCCUGUA